UCCUGAUCCACGAUGUUCUUUUUCUUCAACCGCAAAGUGAAUUCAUCUGCCACGUCCCUCCUCCUGUUAUGAGAAAAUGAAGGGCUCUAUUGCCUCAUGUCUGCUCGUUCUGGCUCUGAGGGCUGUGUCAGCUUUACCCUCGCUCGUGUCCCGCGCUGACAUGCUCGACACCUACGACUAUGUCAUCGUUGGUGGUGGCACCGGUGGGAUGACCCUCGCCAGCAGGCUGUCUGAGGACGGCACGAACACUGUCCUCCUUAUUGAGGCAGGUUCACUAGACAAAGGCGAAAGGGAGAUUGUAGUUCCCCGCUUCUACGUUGGGACGUUGAGUGGAGUUCCUGAGACCUUUCAAUAUGCAUGGCAUAUCAAAACAGCCCCGCAGGCCGAACUGGGCAACCGCAGUAUUACCAUCGCCCAGGGAAAACUGAUCGGAGGUGGAAGUUCCAUCAAUGCGAUGGUCUACGACCGCGGCCGAGCAGCUGAUUACGACUCCUGGGCUGACAUUAUCGGGUCUGAGGGGUGGAAUGCUGCCAGCUUGCUCCCAUAUUUCAAAAAGGCCGAGACCUUCACGCCGCCGCCCGAGGAGCAAGCAAAAGAGUUCAAGAUCACAUAUAAUCCCGAAUGCCACGGCUUCGAGGGACCGAUUCAGUCAAGCUACGCGGAAUGGGUGUACCCGCAGCAUAAUGAAUUCAUGGAUGCUAUGGAUUCUUUGGGCGUCCGGAGACCUUUGGAUCAGUCCUGUGGCGAUACGCUCGGCGCUUAUUUCACGACCCAUUCAAUCCAUCCUGUAAACCGGUCGAGGUCAUAUCCGCGCGUAGCUCAUUUCGACCCUACAGUUGACAGGGCUAAUCUCCACGUGCUGAUCGAGCACCAAGCGACGAGAAUUGUUACUCACAAGGUUGAUGGAAUCGUGAAAGUCACUGGCGUCGAGUUUGCGGCGUCCCGUAACGCGGCCAAGCAAAUUGUUGGCGUCCAUAAAGAGGCUGUGCUCUCAGCAGGGGCCUUUCACUCUCCGCAGAUACUCCAGCUGUCCGGUAUUGGAAAAGCGAUUCAACUGGGGAAACUCGGGAUUAGCUCGGUGGUUGACUUGCCUGGAGUGGGACAAAAUCUCCAGGACCAUUGCGCUGCACCUACGCUCAUGAGGAUCAAUCCGAAUCUCGACCAGGCCGCCGAUCUCAACAAUGCCACAUUUGAUCACGAACAAGGCGAGCUUUACUACUCGGAAAGGAAAGGCCGUUGGACAACCGGGCCUCUGUCCUCCGUAUUGUUUCUUCCUCUCCUCAACUACACCGAGUACGGCGAAAGAAUACUAGACGGAAUGGCCGUGGACAUCUCGACGAGUUAUCUGCCAGACGAUAUCGACCCGUCCGUAAAGGCAGGGUACGAAGCACAGCUGGAACGGAUCGUCAAGAUGCACAAGGAACGCAGCACCGCAGGACAAGAGCUUAUGUACGUGGGCGGCGGCACAGGCCUGAGUAGCAUCCUGAUGCACCCUCUCAGCCGCGGAUGGGUACGGCUCAAUUCCACGGACCCCUUCGAUGACCCACUAGUAGACCCGCGAUACCUAAGCCACCCGUCAGAUAGGCAACUCUUUGUCGAGGCUGUCAGAUACAACCGGAAAAUCAUCGCGACGGAGGCGCUGCAGCGGACUGGUGCGGCGGAGACAUUCCCGGGGGGCAACGUCACCUCUGACGAGGCCAUUCUCAACUCGCUGAGGAAUAGGAUCAACACAGUCUGGCACCCAUCGGGUACUUGUGCGAUGAUGCCUCGGGAGAUCGGCGGAGUUGUUGAUGCGGAGUUGAAGGUAUAUGGUGUCGAUAACCUACGAGUUCUUGACGCCAGUGUCAUGCCAAUACUCCCGGCCGCUCAUAUGCAGGGCACCGUAUAUGCCAUGGCCGAGAAGGCUGCGGAUAUGAUGCUCAGUGUUUGGAUUUGA